CCAAGAACGCGAGGCCUUGGACAUCCGGUCCUAUCGGACCUAGUCUCCCGCUUCCUUCUUCUUCUUCCUCUCUUCCUUCUCCCAGCGGACAAGCAAGAAGGGGGAGAGAGAUAUAAAAGGGCGAGCGGCGAGGAGAUGGGGGCUGAGGAGAAGGGCUGGAAUCCAGUGGCGGCCAUGGAAGAAGAGAGGGAAGUGGGCGGUGGAGCUCCGGAGGAGCGGCGGAAGGAGAAGGAGAAGAACGGCGUUCCGUCGAUCCCUUCGUCUACGAAGGAGAUCGAUAUAUCGCUCCCGCUCCCCGAAAUGAAGCCUCUGAUCAUAGACCUAUGCAAGGAUUUGUUUAGGAAGUGGUCUUCUCUCGACAAUUCAUGUUUCUCCAUGGAGACUGUUUCUGGUGGUAUCACAAAUCUCUUGCUCAAGGUAUCUGUGAAAGAAGAAAGUGGCAAUGAUGUUUCUCUGACCGUCCGAUUGUAUGGUCCAAAUACAGACUUAGUGAUUGAUCGCAAGCGAGAGUUGCUGGCCAUACCAUAUCUCUCAGCAGCAGGAUUUGGUGCCAAAUUGCUAGGAAUAUUUAAAAAUGGCAUUAUUCAGUCAUUCAUCAAUGCUCGUACACUUUCACCAUCAGACAUGAGUAACCCUAAAAUAGCUGCUGAAAUUGCUAAGCAACUUUAUAAAUUCCAUCAAGUGGAUAUACCAGGUUCUAGUGAAGCACAACUGUGGAAUGAUGUCUUCAAGUUCUUAGAAAAAGCUGCGGUGUUACAAUUUGAUGACAAUGAGAAGCAGGCUAAAUAUGAAACAAUUUCAUUUAAAGAAAUCUGCAAUGAAAUUAUUGCACUCAAGGAAUUAACAGACCUUCUAAAUGCUCCUGUGGUCUUUGCGCAUAAUGAUUUACUUUCUGGGAAUUUGAUGCUAAAUGAUGAAGAAGGGAAACUCUACUUCAUUGAUUUUGAGUAUGGGUCAUACAGCUAUAGAGGCUAUGACGUUGCAAAUCACUUCAAUGAAUAUGCAGGCUUUGACUGUGACUACAGCUUGUACCCAGAAAAGAAUGCGCAAUAUCAUUUCUUCAGGAAUUAUUUGCGACCUGAUAGACCGCAUGAGGUACCUGACAAAGAUCUUGAAGCCCUGUACAUUGAAACAAAUACCUUUAGGUUAGCAUCACACAUUUACUGGGCUCUAUGGGCUCUUAUCCAGGCGCAGGUGUCUCCAAUUGAUUUUGAUUACCUUGAUUACUUCUUCCUUCGCUACAAUGAAUACAAGAAACAGAAGGAAGCCUGCUUCUCCCUGGCACAAAAAUACCUCUCUGGGUCAGGCAUUGGUUAAAGCAUUAGUUCCCCUCCAUUUCACGAUAUGCAUUUCCAGAUUUUACCAAUCAAAGAGAGCUCACAGCUACCUUUUUGUACUGUACAAUAUAUUUUUUUCCUUUUGUACCUGAAAGGAUACCAGUUUGACGAGCAUAUUGUACCUACAGAUUGCCUUAAAAUUCUUUUUGCCUGCAUCCUGAUUUAGAAUGCAUCACAUCUGUGAUUGGGUCACCUGUAUAAAGUUCUUUUCAGCUACCGUAUUCCUUUC